AUGGGGUCUUCAUGUAGCAGUCUCGAUUGUUGUUGUUGCUGUUGUUGUCGUUGUUGUUGUUGUGAUGAUGAACCCCAAAUACAGCGAUUGCCGAGUAAUUAUGUCCAACCUACUACGAAUGAGUCUCAACGAAAAACUGGCAGAAAACAUUUUGAAUAUUUUUGUAUUACUACCCAAAACAUUUCGAAACUAAUCGAUGGUUACCAGAAUGAACCAGAUGUAUCACUUGAAGAAGCUUUGAAAUUUACCAACCGUAAAAUUGCGCAUCUACCUGAGUGUAUCGCACAAGCCAAAGCUAAAUGUAAUCGUUCAACGAAACACCGUCUUACUCAUGAUGAAUCAGCUGCGAUUUAUCUUUAUUCAAUGAAUUGGGAACCAUCAUCGCUAUGCGAGGAAUUAAAGCGAGCAUUCGAUUCAGGACAGCGCGCACAAGUCAAACCGUGGUUCAAAUAUUUGAAAUUAUUGAAAAAUGCGUUGGAUAAAUUACCGUAUGCAAAAACAACGAUUUUUCAAGGAACUUCGUAUGAUUCACAACUCGAAGAGAAACUGAUGAGAUACCAAAAUUCAUCAAACUCUAUGUUCAGUUCAGGACCGACACCAUUAUAUCCUUCACUUGGCUCAGCCGUAACUUCAAUUGAUGAAAUUAAAGAUUGUCUGAAUGGACCGAGUAUUAUUCUUGCUUAUGAACCGAAUUAUGGCAGAUUAGUGGGUGAUUAUACAGAAAAUAAUCAAAUGAAAGUGAUCAUAUUUCCAGAAAAGAAAUCAGAUGGAAGUAUUCUCCCAGGAGCAAAACUGCUCGUAAUGAAAACGGUGGAACAUCAAACUGAUGGUUCAGUGUUUAUACAUUUAACAUCAAAAACUUCUCCUCCUACACCAGCAACACCCGAAUUAAAACUUGAAACGCAUUUUGUAUGUCGAAAUACAAAUUGCGGUCAUUUUUGCCGUGGUAAACACAAAAUCGGCCAUUGUUAUGGUUUUAAAUAUCUUGAUCAUCAAUGUAAACAUCAUUGUGUAUUAAAGAAUAAAUGCUGUCAAUGUGGAAAACAUUCAAAACAAUUAUUACAAUGCAACAAAUGUGAAAUUUGUUUUUGUGAUGAUUGCUGUUUUCAGCAGUUUUUGACAUAA